UUGGACAACAGAAGUAGGGUCUGUUGAGAUCUAGGGGAUGUAGGAAAAAAGUGGGGAGCUUGAUAGAAGUAUAUCAGGGUGGUUUGCUGAGUGAAGCUUUCCAUUUCUCUUCUUAACAGGAAGGUUGAGUAAGAGCAAGUCGGCCAAGAUGUCAGGAGGUGGGGGCGCCGCCCCGAGAAAGGCUUUGACGCUGGAUGAUCUUGUCGAGGCCCUGGACAAGCGCGAGAGAGCGUCGAGCAAUGUUCCGAAAGUCGACACCUUCCACUUCAAGGGGGAGCGGGUGUCUGACUGGUUGGAUUUGACUGAGCAGGCGCUGGUGGGACUGUCGGACGAGGUCAAGUUUCAGCGGAUCCUGAAUCAUGGAGGAGGAAGUGAGAAGCUUACCUGGGAAACUAUCGACAAAGGAGUGGAAGAGGGGAGUUUGGACCAGGUGGAGCAGCACCAGAUGCGGCCGCAGAGGCGGAAAAGAAAAGAAAGGGACGCCACCGCAUCUGGGACCCCAGGGGUAAAGAGGAUCGUCACGGAUGUGCUGGUUGCGUUGGGGUAUGACAAUAAGGUAGAAGUGCAGAAAAGAGGGAUGACUGAGGCCCGAGGCCGGACGUCAGGGGCAGUAGAUGAGGAGACUGGACAUGAGGACUACGGCGGAGAGGAGACAGGCUCCCAGGUCCUGACCAAGGACCAGAGGAAGCAACGCAACUUGCUACUGGGAGGUCAGGGAUCAGGGAAGGGGCAAGCUCCUCAAGCAAUUGUCGCGCUGCCAUCUGCUGCCACGACGGCGCCAGCGCCAGUGGGACCAUCGCACAUGGGGCCGCCGCCAGUUUGUGGGCACUUGAUGCCGCAUUGCCAGCUUGCGCCCUGGCCCAGUUAUAGCCACUGUACUUCGUGUGGAGGGAACCAGGCCCACGCGGGACAGAUGGUCCCAUAUUCGGGCCCGCCGGCAAGUGGGGGCCCACCGAGCUACCCUGCCACUCAAGGUCAGUUUGUGGCCCAGCCGCCACCCUCCCAACAGGCAUUGCAAGCUAGCGUGGCCGGGAGAGGGAAUCAAGGGCAAGGCGGGCAGGGCAAUGGAGGUCGAGGCCAAGGCGGUCGAGGAGGCGGUGGCCGGGGCCGAGGAAGAAAUGGUGGGGGUCGCGGAGGUGGUUGGAAUGUUUUCUGCAACACUGCAUCCAGUGUGAUAGUGGAGAUUGGGAAGGUAAGGGCGCGGGCGUGCUUUUUCGUUAUGUUCGACGUCGAUCACCCCAUCCUCCUGGGGAGGUCGUUCCUCUGCAGGACGGAGACUCUAGUCUUCAACAGGCAUGACGGAACGAUGAUCUUGGCCCUGUCUGAUCCGGCCUAUGGGAACUAUGAGAUCAUCAAGUGCCGGAACAGGGGACCAGGAAGUGGGAGGAAUAGGCCAAGUCUCGGCUCCUUUACCUUCGAGGAGUCCGAAAAUGAGCGUCGAAGGCUCCGGGAGGGACAUGAGGAGGAAGGAACAACCGAGGUACUAUCGCUGAGCCUUACCAAUGUGAACAAGGCAAUGGAGAUGGUGGCGGCGCACGAUAUGGCAGACCCCGAGGCAAUAAAGGCGUUAAGGGAGCAGGUCUUGGAAAACUCUCAGCUAAUGGGAGGGAUGUAUCUGCUCACUAAUACGCUCCUGCAAGGAGGCUUGGACCGGAGGGGCUCAUUCAGUCAUAUUGAAAGUGAAAUCCUUGUUCCUGAAAGCCAGGACGAUGAGUUCGAAGAGGGAGAGAUCAAGGAGGCGUUUCGGGCGGACGAGUAUGAUGGAGUUUACCGGGAGUUGGGGCUACUCCUAUCGUGCAAGAUAAGAGAUAGAGACGCGAGUGCCAAGGCACAGAAGAUGAGACACCUCUAUGUGGAGAGGUCAGCGCAAAGGCAAGGAGAGGCCCUGCACCCGACGUUGGAGAGGGAAGUGGGUGAGGUCGUACACCUGGACCUGUUGUUCAUGCCAGCUGGGGAGAAUGGGUGUAAUUACAUCUUCGAUGCACGGGAUAACCUUACUGGGUUUGUGGACGGUCGGGCUAUCCGGACGAAGACUGACCUAGUUUUGGCAAGUUGCAUCGAAGAGUAUUACCUGCGCUAUCCCUUCGUCAAAGAGUUCGUGAUGGAUCGAGGGUCAGAGUUCACCUGCAAUGAGGUGCGAACCUUGCUUGCAGGGUAUGGCGUAGUGGCUAACUAUACUACGGCCGCACAUCCUCAGGCGAACGCACUUGUGGAGAGGGGGCACAGUACUAUCACAAACCUCUUGGCUAAGUGGACGAAGGGUACACCGCAGGAGAGGCCUCAGACUCUCGACACUUCAAAGUAUGCCUCGAGGUUGGGGGAGUUAAGGACGGAGUUGGGCUCCUGGGCCACAGGGUUUGACUUAGGAGGGCACAGUUCGGAGCAGCAGGAGGAGGAGGCUAUGAGCGAGCCGGCCGCUGCAAUGGCUCCUCGACCGUCAGAGUUGUGUGGGGGUGAGAUAGUGGUUGCGGCAGAGAGGCUCAACGAGGAGAGGCUCCGGGAGUCGGACACGCCAGAGUGCGGGCGGGAGAGCGUGGCCGUGCGAGGGGGUCUGAGGCCGUAGAACCCAAAUCUCAGGGCCGCAUGGGAUUACCAAUGUGCCAUGAGGCGACCCCCG